AGAAUAUUUCUGUGUAGUGAAGAAGGUGUAUAUAAAGCUACGAAAAGCUUCGUUGUUAUCAGUACUACGGUCUCACCAUGUACGCAUUUGUUGCUUUCGUAGCUUGUUUAGCAGUAGCCGUUUACGGCUAUCCAAAUAGUCAUAUUGUUGGCGGAGAGGAUGCUCCACUUGGCAAAUACCCAUAUCAAGUGUCGUUGAGAAGAAGAGGAUUUCACAGUUGCGGCGGAUCCAUCAUCAGCAGUCACACUGUUCUUACCGCCGCUCAUUGUAUAAUAGAUUACACUGACAAUCCCGAGAGUUUGAAAGAUCUAACUAUCCAUGCUGGCACAAAUUAUUUAAGCGAAUCUGGUGUCGUUUACACAGCAAGUCGAGCUAUUGCUCACGAGAAUUACAAUCCUUUUCGAAUAAUCAAUGACAUUGGUUUACUUAUUCUGAGCACUGCUGUGGAAUUUAAGCCAUUGGUACAGCCUAUACCUCUUGCAAAAGAUGACAUCGCUCCUGCUGAUCAUCCCGUCAUCUUAACUGGAUGGGGAAGAACAUCGCUUGGUGGUCAGGUCCCUGAUAAGUUGCAACAAAUUGAAUUGAACGUUUACGAUCAAGAUAAAUGUAAACGUAGUCACUCGAAUUUACAACCUAGUCAUAUCUGUACGCUAACAAAAGCAGGCGAAGGUGCAUGCCAUGGUGAUUCCGGUAGUGCUCUUGUUGCCGAUGGUGUUCAGAUCGGUGUUGUUUCGUUUGGCGUACCAUGCGCUCGCGGACACCCUGAUGUAUUUACUAGAGUAUCCUCAUUCGAAAAAUGGCUUGAGCAAAAUGUUGUUAAUCUCACUAAUGACAUUGCUCUAAUUCAUCUUGCAACUCCUAUCAAAUACAAUGCUGUAGUGCAACCGAUAAAGCUUGCGACAACUGAUAACGAUCUUGAAGGCAAGCCUUGUACAUUAUCCGGAUGGGGCACUACUAAGCUGGGUGGCAUUCCUCCAAACAGUUUACAAGAAAUUGAUUUAAUGAUUUAUCCUCAAAAAAAAUGUAAUUCCGUAUACCCUAAUGUGAUAUCUAGUCAUAUAUGCACUUUAACUAAAGCAGGACAAGGAGCGUGCCAUGGUGAUUCCGGCAGUCCUUUAGUAAGCAAUGGAAGUCAAGUUGGAAUUGUUUCCUUCGGCUCACCUUGUGCAGUUGGAUAUCCAGAUGUAUUCACAAGAUGUUCUAAUCAUGAAGAAAAUAGCUUUGUCUUCAAUAGUAACUUGUUCGCAAUGUAUUCAUUCUUUAGUCUCUUGAUCAUUUGUACAGCUGUAGCCGUACAUGGAGGCCUAAUUCCUCGUAUCGUCGGAGGCAAAGAUGCUCCCAUCGGCAAAUUUCCAUAUCAAAUAUCAUUGCGAUAUUUAAAUGCACACACAUGCGGUGGUUCUAUCUUAAAUACUCGUACUGUUCUCACCGCCGCACAUUGUGUUGAAUGGAGGGACAAACGAUAUUUAUCGGUUCAUGCCGGCACAAAUUAUUUGAACCAAACAGGAUAUGUAUAUAAUGUAGCGAAUGUUACUAUUCAUGAAUAUUUCAACAGAGGAACGCUCAUUAAUGACAUCGCUCUAAUUCAUCUUGCCAGUCCUAUCAAAUACAAUGCUGUAGUGCAGCCGAUAAAACUUGCCACAACUGAUAAAGGUUUUGAAGGCAAGCCUUGUACAUUGUCUGGAUGGGGAACUACUAGGCUGGGUGGCAAUCCCUCGAACAGUUUGCAAGAAAUUGAUUUAAUAAUUUAUCCUCAACAACUAUGUAAAAACGUACAUGCUAAUGUGAUAUCUAGUCAUAUUUGCACUUUUACUAGAGCAGGACAAGGAGCGUGCCAUGGUGAUUCCGGUGGUCCUUUAGUAGCCAAUGGAACUCAAAUUGGAAUUGUUUCUUUCGGGCAACCAUGCGCAGUUGGAUAUCCAGAUGUGUAUACGAGAGUGAGCAGUUUUACAUCUUGGAUUAUUGCAAAAAUAUAGGAAAUUAUUUAAUUUGUUUAUUAAAACACCAAUCCAUUUAUGUAUAUGGGUUGUAACUCAAUUGAAAUAUAAUUUAUGUUAAUUAUUUUUGAAGAACUGUAUUACACUUUCUCCUCAAUCAAUUAUCAAUGUAAUAAUUAUCAAUACACAAAAAGUAAUUAAUAAACGUAUCAAAUAAACGAUA